GUUUGUCGGCGGCCGAGCGCUCCGUCCCUUUCAGUUCGGUGGCACGAAGAGCUUCGGCACCACGAAUCCGGGGUUUAAGUUCUGGAAGCUGAAAGGGCCGUUCAAAGCGAUACAUUGAUUGCUUUCCUGAAGCACAAUGGCUCCAACUCUGUUUGAUGAGAAGCCUGACCCUGGCGACCUUAUUGAGAUCUUCCGUGGGACCUACCAACACUGGGUCAUAUACGUUGGGAAUGGUUAUGUUAUCCACCUCGCUCCACCGACGGAGGAUGCUCGUGGUGGUGCCUACAGCAUGAUGUCUGUCCUGUAUGACAAGGCUGUAGUGAAGAAAGAGGAGUUCUGGGAUGUGGUGGACAACAAUGAGUACCGCAUCAACAACUUGCUGGACGACAAGUAUGAGCCCAGGAAGAUUGGCACCAUACUGAGGGAGGCUCAGAGCCUGGUGGGUCAGGAGUUGCCGUACUGUGUCUUCCGAGGCAACUGUGAGCAUUUCGUCACGGAACUGAGAUAUGGGAAGGCAGAGUCACGACAGGUGCGCCAAGCAGUGGAGGUGGCUGCAAUAGCGGGCGUGGCUGCAAUCGGUGUGGGAGUCCUGGCCGCAGCCGCUGCUGCAUUCUUUGGAAGUGGAAACAAAGAGCGGAAGUACAAAAAUUAAGAUGCAAGCAGCUCAUUGUUGAAUGGGAAGAAGGUACAAGUACAGGCACACCCCUUUUUUUUUUUUUAAAGGGACUAAGCUCAAACAACUUUGAAAAUAUUUUUUCCCCCUUAAAUGUCUCCUACCUGGUUUGUAAUUUCAGAUAACUGAUUGGGUAUCUUUGUGCAAUAUCAGUUAUUGAAUUUAAAGGGUUUUCACAUUCUGUCAUUUUUCCAUUUUGUAGCUGUGGGGUCUGUUGCAAAGUUCUCCUGGCUAGGUAAUGCUGGGUUUUACAGACAAAUGAAGAAUUUCAGAACUGCCACAAAAUAGAUAUUUAAAUGCUGUGCCAAAUAUUUUUCUUCUGGUAUCAAGCCUUUCCGUACUGAAAAUUUUGGCUUUAAGCUCAGGCCCAUUGUUUCCCUCAUAGGGAGGAAACCUUGAACGUUCUCCAUUUUAUGUAGAUACUUGUAAUCGUAGUAAACUAAUAAGAAAGCACAUUUAUACUCGUGCCAGUGUCGAGGGCUCUUGAAAACAUCUGACUGCGGUGCAAUGAAAUUUAGGAUUUAAUUCAUUCUAAUAAACUUUUGUAAGAGAUCCUUCUGAGAGGGGAUUUUUAGGUCUGUUUAAUGUUAAUACUGAAUAAGCAGCACAGAUGCAUUCCUAGAGUUAAUACUAUUUCUGUAAGAUGUUACAUCUAUGACAAAUGUAAUUUUGUUAAUGCUGUAAAGGAAGGGUUUGCCUGUCCUUUAUUAAAAUUUUAAGUUUUGA